GAGGGUGGGGUGGGGUGGGGUGGGGGGGUUGCCAUAUGGGGAAUCGUCGCGAAUAAAGGCAGAGCCGCGCCAUGGAGGACGACAUGAUGGAAGUGUGGCUGGACGACCACCUGGACUUCACGCGCUCCUACUUUGUCAGGAAAGCGUCCAGGGACAUGGUGAACGCCUGGUUCGCCCAACGUGUCCACGCCAUCAAGCCGCCGGCUCCCAAAGACAGCCCGUCCGGCGUCAGCAUCUCGGACCACCACUCCGCCGCGGGCCCCGGCCAGUCGCUCGGGGCCCCGACCCGCAAAAUCUCCGCGUCCGAAUUCGACCGGCCGCUCCGGCCCAUCGUGGCGACGGACCCGGAGGGCACGGUGACCUUUCUGAGCAAUGUUGACCGGGAGGGCGGCCCCCUGCGGUGCGGCGGGACGCCGGACUGCGAAAGCGGAGGAGGGAGCGCGAAGGCGGAGCGCGGCGGCGCCGACGGGGGUCGUUGCGCUCGACUGCUGGAGCUGGUGAAGGACGUUUCCAGCCAUCUGGACAUGACAGCCCUCUGCCACAAGAUCUUCCUCCACAUCAACGAGCUGAUUGCUGCCGACCGCUACUCCUUAUUUCUGGUGGGCGAGGACAGCUCCAACACCAAGUUCCUGAUCAGCCGCCUGUUCGACGUGGCCGAGGGCUCCACGCUGGAGGAAUCGUCCAGCAGCAGCAUCCGGCUGCAGUGGAACAAGGGCAUCGUCGGCCACGUGGCCGCCACGGGACAGCCGCUCAACAUCAACGACGCUUACGAGGACCCCCGAUUCAACGCGGAGGUGGAUAUGGUCACGGGUUACAAGACGCGGAGUAUUCUGUGCCUGCCCAUCAAGAACCACCGAGAUGAGCUUGUUGGGGUGGCUCAAGCUAUCAACAAAAAAAACGGCACGGACGGAGCCUUCACUCGACAGGACGAAAAGGACUUCUCGUCGUACUUGGCCUUUUCGGGCAUCGUUCUACACAACGCUCAGCUGUACGAAACGUCACAGCUAGAAACCAGACGGAAUCAGGUCCUGCUGGAACUGGCCAGUCUCAUCUUUGAGGAGCAGCAGUGUCUGGAGGUUUUACUGCGCAAGUUUGCCGGGACCAUCCUGUCCUUCAUGCGGGCCCAGGCUUGCACGGUCUUCAUCGCCGAGAACGGCUCCACACAGAACCCCUUUUCCAGUGCCUUCCAUAUGGAAUACGAGGAAGUCCUUAAUCCUCCCAAAAGGGAAACUCCUUGUGCCAACCAGAUCAACUACAUGUACGCUCAGUACGUCCUCAACUCCAUGCAGUCCCUCAACAUCGCCGACGUCGCCCUGGAUCAACGCUUCCCCUCGAUGUGCGAAAAGCAAUAUGAGACCAGUCAACAGACAAAGAGUUUGCUCUGCACUCCCAUCAAGAAUGGCAAGAAGGACAAAGUCAUAGGCUGCUGCCAGUUAGUGAACAAGAUGGACGACGCGUCGGGCGCCACAAAGCCCUUCAACAGGAACGACGAGCAAUUCUUGGAGGCGUUUGCCAUUUUCUGCGGUCUGGCCAUCCAGAAUACCCAGAUGUACGAGACCGUGGAGAGAGCCAUGGCCAAGCAGCAGGUGACCUUGGAGGUCCUUUCAUAUCACGCUUCUGCUGCUCCAGAAGAGUCCCGCCGGCUCCAGACGGCCACGAUUCCGUCGGCCCAGUCGCUGCGGCUGCUCGACUUCGGCUUCAGCGACUUCGACUUGUCCGACGCCGAAACCGCGCUGGGCACCGUGCGCAUGUUUGUCGACCUCGACCUGGUGCACAACUUCCAGAUGAAGCAAACGAACUUAUGUCAAUGGAUCCUGAGCGUCAAGAAGAACUACCGGAAGAACGUGGCCUAUCACAACUGGAGACACGCUUUCAACACUGCCCAGUGCAUGUUCGCACUCCUUAAGUCGGGGCGCCUGCAGAACCGCUUAAGGGAUAUAGAGGUUCUGGCGCUGAUGAUCGCUACUCUCUGCCAUGACCUGGACCACAGAGGAGUCAACAACUCCUUCAUACAAAGGAGUGAACAUCCACUGGGCCAGCUUUACUGCCACUCCACCAUGGAGCACCACCAUUUUGACCAGUGCCUCAUGAUCCUCAACAGUCCAGGCAACCAGAUCCUGAGUGGCCUCUCCCUGGAAGAGUACAAAUGCACCCUGAAGAUGAUCGAGGGAGCGAUUUUAGCCACCGACCUGGCUCUGCACAUGAAGAGACGAGAGGAGUUCUUUGAGCUCACGCGCGACCGACACUUUGCUUGGGAGUCCGAUCACCACCGGGACUUACUUCGGUCGAUGCUGAUGACUGCGUGCGACGUGUCCGCAAUCACCAAGCCCUGGCCGGUCCAAAAGAGGAUCGCGGAGCUGGUGGCCACCGAGUUCUUUGAACAAGGGGACAAAGAGCGACAAGAACUGAACGUCGAGCCCUGCGACCUGAUGAAUCGGGAGAAGCGAGAUAAGAUUCCGAGCAUGCAAGUUUCCUUCAUCGACGCCAUCUGCACGCAGUUAUAUGAGACCCUGGCGGGCAUGUCGGACUUUUGUUCUCCUUUGCUGGAAGGAUGCCGGAGCAACCGCCGGCACUGGAAGCGCUUGGCCGAAGAGCGCGACAAAGGCCUGCUCGACGGUCCGGCGUGAGCGCGGAGCGGAACGCUCGUGCGGCUCGCUUAAAUAUCAUUCGGACUUUUUUCGCAUGGGGGGGGGGGGGGAUCAUUUCACAACAACAUGAUACACAGCCAACUGACUCACGAUCCAUCACAAUCAAGCAAUGUAUUAAAAACUGUUUUCCUAACGAUAACGACAUUGGAAGAAAAGCUCCGCACGUCACGACGUCGACUAUUAGCGGAACCGCGGAUGAACUCGGCGUACGAUAUUGCAAUAUUUUGGAAUUGCUCGUG